CACAACUCAUUGCGGACAUCCGACCCCUCUACAGUGGACACAAGUGGGCUAAAUCCUGAGGGUGUGACGCGGCUGACUGUUAUUGCUUCGCCGACCCUCAACCAGGACCAGCUCUGGAAGUUGUUUGACCUUAUCCCCGGUCUUGAUUACUGCGACCUGAGGAAAGACCGCAAGGCUGGACAGAUGCUUCAUCAUCAGGCGCGAGGGGUUGCUACCGUGGUGUAUAAUAAUACCCAGUCUGCAACCUAUGCUAAGGAGAAGCUUCAUGGGUUUGAAUAUCCUCCUGGUCAACGAUUAAUUGUCAAGUUUGAUUCUCAUCAUGACAUGCCUCCAGGGCCACCACCAAUGAUUCCAGGUGCUCCAGGAGGCCCACCGUUUGCAGGUUUGCCUCGAGGUGUAACAGGUGCUUUAGCCCCACACAAUGGUACAAUGGGAGGAAGUCCUCCUGGUGGUAUGAAUGUAGCCCCCCAGUCACUCUCUGGUGGUCAGCCAAACAGCAAUAUCCAACAGGAUUUAGCACAUUUAGCAGAGACCAUUGCCCAUGCAACAUCUCUGAUACAGGCUGCAGGACUAAAUCAGGGAUCUGGUAACAUGAGCAGAAUGGGAGGAAGUCCAGGACAACUUAGUGGGGGAGAAACUUAUGAUCCUUCUUAUUGCUCAGUCAAACUGCCUCCCCCUCAACCAUUAGCACCUGUAGACUCAGCUGUUGCAGAGAGAUUGUUUAUUGUAUGCCAUCCUUCACCACCUCCCAUUUAUGCUCUGAAAGAUGUUUUUGGAAGAUUUGGAAACCUCAUUGAUAUCUACAUGUUAAAUGGCAAAACAUUUGGUUAUGCAAAAUAUUCUACUAAGGAAUCUGCAGACAAGGCAAUUGUGGUGUUACAUGGUCAAGAGGUUCUAGGUUCCCGUCUAAAGGUUAUGGAAGCUGAUCCACAUGAUAAAGCUGAUUCUGGGCGCAAGAGACUGCGCAUCGACGACCAGAGUUGAGUCUUCUAAUGCAAAGAGGUAUGACAUGUAUGGUGUAAUAUUUUCAUGCAAAAAUGUUGAAACUGGUCUGAGGCAUCACGGAUGGAGAUUUCAAUCUGUAGGAAAAGGAAUUUUCCUAGAUAUCCAUCCACUACAGUCUUAAUAGGUGUAAGAAGAAUUUUGCACUGGUACUUAACAUUUUGUUGUUAAACUUUUUAUGAUGCUGUAAUAAUGCAAGCAUAAACUUAGGUUCAGAAUGCAGUUAUUAAGAAUAUCUCGCUUAUUGAAAAUUUUAGUAUUGUUAUUAAUAUAUUUUGAUAAAUGUACAGUAUAUUAAAUUUUAGAGACACCACACAGUUGUACAUAUUUAUAUUAUAAAACCUGAAAUGCUAUAUGUUAUAGAUAAAAUGUUCUAUGCAGACAACUUUGUAAAUACACAACUAUUAUUUAGCAUGGUAUUGUAAAAUGUUUAUCUAAUAUCCAGAACUGAAUUAGAUAAUUCCCUCAAUUUUAAAGCAUAAUUUUAUAAAAGAUAUCCCUCUGUCCUGGAAUGGACUAGAUAUUUUCUGUAAUUAUUUAAACAUGUAUUACGUGGUAACAAAUUAUUGUAUCUGUUUAGCAUGCAUUACACAAUGCAUUUUUUGUACUAGUAAAUGUAUACUGUAUGUAUUUUCAUAUUACAGAUAGAUAUGUAUUGAUAUGGCUAUCAUUCCAGUAGGAUUUGCAGUCAAAGCUUUUAUUCAGUAUUUUUAAUAAGAUUUUAGACAUUAUGACGGGCUGUGAUAUUGAUAUCUGUGAUAGGGAAACAUGGCAGCAUGUUGAUAAUGGGACAUAAGUGGCAGUGGCAUGACUAAUGAUAUUCUUUUGUGGUUAUUGUAAUGUGUGAAUGUGUCUACACGUCAAUGCAUGAGAGACUAAACUAUUUUAUAUAUAUUAUUACACAGGUUUACAUAUCUUUAAUGCAAGUUAUUGUGUUGAUUUGCAUGGUGUAACGUGGUAAUUUAUUACCAUUAUUUUUUUACAUUUUUAUACUUGGUAUGGAUGUGUGAAAUGUUUUCUCUUAAACAUGAAUGAAUAUUAAAGCAUGAUAAUAACUCAGUUACUGUAGAAAUAAUAAAUCCAGUAAGCCACCAUUUGUUAAAAUUUUAAAUAUGUAAUGUAUUACUAGUAAAAAAGCAUUUAA